GCCCUCUCUCCCUAUACGCUGCUUUGAAUGAUCUGCUUCAGCUGCGCUGUGUGCGAUCCGGGGAGGAAGGUGAUCGUCACGCGCAGGCUGGGGUGGUCCCUGUCACUGUGCACAUCGGCGUGUCCUCUUAUCUGUCAGGGCGGGACGAUGUCACCCUUUGAUGGCGGCUCUGACCGGGACAGGUAUCAAGUGUGCGGCGGGCGCGGCGAUACCUGAGCGUACCCGGCCGCAUACAUGAAUCACUGGGCGGCUCUAGUUUCUACAUUAGAGUGUGCACCCGUUUGCACACCUAUGAAACUACUGUUUUUUCAGGACAGCAUCAGCGGACCGCCCCUUCAUGUCUCCCGCCCCUAGGCAGCUGCCUAAAGCUGCCUAGUGGAAGCGCCGGCCCUGCGUAUAGGGAGAGAGGGCGCUUCUCUCCUACCCUACCAUCCCAGCAGCCCGUGCUGUUGUAUCACUGCUUAGUCCUCCCAUGUGAAAGGCAGCCCCCCCCCGUGUCACCUGUGAAUUCUUUAAUGAAAUAACUGAGCGCACUGCGGGCAGCGGCCGGUCACUAUGGGGAGAGCUGCCCUCCCUCCGCAUCAUCAGCUGCUCUAGUUCCCUCCUGCAUUCAGCCUCCCGCUAGGAGGGUAGGCAAGUCUGGGUAAAAGUUUUACCCUGAGCCUCCCGCAAGUCCAGGAAAGCCGGAGGUCAGGGUGUGCAAGGGAGACGUCACACUGCCAUAAGAGUCCUGCAGGGCAGUCUGAGCAGAGGCUCUUCACUUGUCGGCAUCACAAUCAGCUGCUGCAGAACAGCAGUGUGGAGGCCCUUCAGUGCAGAUUUCCCUGGCCUGAUCUCCUUCCCCCAGGAUUCAAUUUUUUUUUCCUGGUUACAGCAGCAGCACCAUCCAGAAGCUAAGGCCCCGCCCCCUUCCGAGACUCCGCCCCUCCCACGGCCCGCGAUUUCCAAUUCCUCCCCUCCAUCGCCAGCUAUGUGGAUCCAGCACAGAGCUCCUGCAGAUAUCUCUGUAAGCCUGCUAUCUGUCAUUGUUACCUUCUGUGGAAUUGUUCUCCUCGGAGUCUUAUUGUUUGUCUCCUGGAAGUUAUGUUGGAUUCCAUGGAGGGACAAAGGGUCUUCUCAAACUCAGCGGAAAGAUCAUGGACAUCACGGCCACCUCCACCAUUCCCACUAUGGGGACUUGUUGGUGGAUCGUGUGGAGCUUGGACCUGAGAUGCCUGAACGUUCUUAUUUAGAUAUGGACUCUUACCCUGAGGUCAACAUUAAAAUUAGUCAGACAUCCCCUGAUAUCCCAGUGGACAGCCAAGCUGUGGCCAAGGAGUCUCAGAUACCUUAUGCACAGUCACAUCAGCAAGUGGCCAAUAUUGCUCCUACCACAAGAUACAAUACAUUGCCCAGACCCAUGACACAGCAGUUGUCCAGUCCUGAUUUUUCAGGUCAUGUGGAUGAAAAACCAGAGCAGGCCACCAGCAUCGGUCAAAUCAAGCCUGAGCUAUAUAAGCAACGAUCGGCUGAUGCUGAGAUGAAGAAGCAGGAAGCCACGAGCUGUGGACGUAUAAGCUUCAUCUUACGCUAUGCCUAUAGCACAGAGCAGCUGGUGGUAAAGAUACUGAAGGCUCUAGACCUACCAGCAAAGGAUGCAAAUGGGUUUUCAGACCCGUACGUGAAGAUGUAUCUUCUGCCUGACCGUAAGAAAAAGUUCCAAACUAAAGUACACCGCAAGACUCUUAACCCAAUCUUUAAUGAGACAUUCCAUUUUAACGUGCCCUUUAAUGAGCUCCAGAAUCGCAAAUUGCACUUCAGUAUAUAUGACUUUGACCGGUUUACCCGACAUGACCUCAUUGGGCAGGUGGUGUUGGAUAAUUUGCUUGAGUUCUCUAAUCCUACGGAAGAGAGUCCGAUCUGGAGAGACAUCUUGGAAGCUAGCUCAGAGAAAGCGGACUUGGGUGAAAUAAACUUCUCGCUGUGUUACCUCCCGACUGCCGGACGCUUUACUGUCACCAUCAUCAAAGCAUCGAACCUGAAGGCAAUGGAUCUGACCGGCUUCUCAGAUCCAUAUGUGAAAGCAUCUCUAAUCUGUGAGGGAAGGAGGCUGAAAAAGAGAAAAACAUCUAUAAAAAAGAACACGCUGAACCCAACCUAUAACGAGGCCCUUGUGUUUGACAUUCCUAAUGAAAAUAUCGACCAUGUGAGCCUCACCAUCGCUGUCAUGGAUUAUGAUUGUAUAGGUCACAAUGAAGUCAUUGGAAUGUGCCGUGUGGGCAGUGAUGCAGACAUGCCUGGCAGAGAACACUGGAAUGAGAUGCUGGCAAACCCUAGAAAACCAAUUGAACAUUGGCAUCAGUUGGUUGAGGAGAAGGCACUGACCAGUUUUGUGACAAAAUCUUCCCCGCCUCGGGAGAAGCCGAGCAUAGUAGUGGACAAUACACAGUCUGAUUAGUUGCUUCCACUACCUAGGAAAGGAGAAACAGAUCAGGAGAGCUGUAUCUGAGCCAUAGGCUUCGCUCUGUCUGUUUCCUCUUCAUCACACCUGCUUUAAUGAGGAGGGCACAAGACUCCUGAGAAGAACAAAAGGAAGACAAAGGCUGUGAAACAUGCACCAGAAAAUUACAGAAAAGUGUAGAUUUCCUUAAAGCCAUAGAGUAAUCAUUUUGGUUGAACGAACGCCGAGCCAUGGCGAACUUUUACAGGCCUAUCUGAUGUCAAGGUCAAUAGAACAAUGAGAGAGGACGCUGCCUGACUCUUACUCCUCAUUUCCAACUCCAGCAAUGCACUAAAUACAGCAUGGGUGAUUAUGAAGAAGGAUAUAUAGAACAGUGCUCAAUCUUUUACAUCAAGCAACAUUCAGUAGCAUUAAGUCAGAGUGAUCUGCAUGUAAAGGUAAAGCCUCUCCUCUCGGCCUCAUUUUGCCUCCACGAGUGGAAGAUACAGUGCUUGACUUCCAAAGCAAUGCCGCUAUGGUCUUUUGACUCGUUUUCUGGUUUUAAAGCUAUUGUCUUGGUUACAACGCUUGCCUCAUCCCUUGAGUCUCUCUCACGAGGACACCACAAAACUUCUGGAGCCUCUCAUGAGAACUGGAAAAAGAUUCCUGAAGAUCAUUGUGUGCCACAGUCAUUUAUUUCACCAUCAUUAUGGUGAGAGCGGUUGUUUUGGUGAAAAGCUCUAAGAAAUGGUGGUGACCAUGAGGCAUCAAGAGAACUUCUAAGACUCUUGUUGUGAGAUGUAAGCACUUUUCUGUUGACUGUCUUUCUAUUGAGCUGUGUAAUAAUGUGCAUUAUGUGUGUGUGAGACUGAUAACAAUGUCCAGUUGAGUGGUAUUUGGUGGUUUUUUCCUUUCUAUAAAAAAAAAAAAGAAGAGGUAAUUCUGUUAUUAUGGUGAGCGAGACUCCUGAUUUUGGUCGACUGUCCUAUGUUUGUGGUGGUGAUCACAGUUUUUCCGAAGAGUUUGUCUUCCAUCACUGACAUGGAGAAAAGGUAGGUUAUACUGUCCUUUCCAGUGUAUAAAUACAGUUUAAACAAAUGUUAUGAUACAAAGGCCAAAAUAUAUUUCAGCAACAAAAAAACACGUAUUCAACAAAAGCAGAACAGAAAUGCCAGCUGAGCGCCUCUAGGCCUUUUAAUAAACUUUGUGGCCUAAUAAUAAAUAUUGUGCCUAAUGGCUUUUAUGAUAGAAGCAGAUCUAUUAUUACCACUUCUUGAUAGAAGCAGACUAUUGCUAUUCUAAAACUACAAUGAAAAGAUGUACUUUUUCCCAAAACUAUAGGCAUGCGUGUGCCGGCAGGAUAUACGUAGCCAUUCAAGAUCCAUGUUAAACAAAUUUACAUAAACAAAAUCCACAAAUGUGUGUAAAGAUGACCAUUGUUUUGUUAUCAUGCACCAGAUUAUGUGUAGGCACAUCCAAAGGUAUAUUUGCUACUAAUGCAUUUAUGGGACCAUUGCUAAAGGGAGGGUGUGCGAUAUCCGCAAGUCAAUGAAAUCAUCUUGAUGUCUUCAUCAUUUGCAAUCAGUUGAGUGCUUCCAGACGUUUGAAUUUGGAGUGAAUUCUACCGAUCAUCUCACUUAAAAAUAACCGAUACCUUCCGUCUAUUCACAAGCUUCUGAAAGCAAAUAUUGAGAUAUAGACAAGAUGCCCAAAUAUUUAACAACCGGAGCUCAAGAGCAGUAAGGAACAUUGAAGGGUUAUGUGUACAUGUCAUAUCAUCUUGAUAUGAGCAAAUAAAGAUGUGAAAAUUUUGAAUUUCAUUGCGAGAUUCUCUUUGUAUGAGCUAUAGUCCAUGAUUAUGUGCUUUAAAAAAAAAAAAAAACUUGACCUCUAUUCUAAAUUCCUCAUGGGUAUUGACCCUGCUUCCGGUGUUGGCUCUCUUCCUCCAAAAGUCUGUACGUCAAUUGGAUUCACUGAGGAUUGCAUGGACUUCAUAGCAUGCGCAAAUAUUUUUAACAAUUACAAGAGGAACAGAGCCACUAGUUGAGAGGCCCACCCAUUUUCUUUUUGUUUUAAAGAGGAAAACAAAUGAAACAGAAGAAAAUAAAGUUGACUCAUACAAAAUGAACCAUUCAAUAAAAUAAAAAUGAAACCAAAUGCACGUGUGUGUUUUGUUGAAAAAAAACUAAACAAAAAACAUUUGUCUGUUUAUAGUGUGUGAGAACAAUGUUCAUUUCUGAGCAGUCGUUGACUGUAAAGCCAUACCAAACAAUAAAAAUUAAAAAUACAAAAAAAGUAAUAAAAAGAAUAUGUGAAAUAA